CUCGGCGGAGGCCCGGGCGGGGGCCAUGGGCACGGUGGCGGGCGCGGGCGCCCUGCGGCUGCCCGGGCUGCACGGGUACGCGGUGGAGUUCUCGCCAUACUGCCCGGGGCGCGUGGCCUGCGCCGCCGCGCAGUACUACGGCAUGGCAGGUUGUGGAACUCUGGCAGUGCUGGAACAAAAUGAAGCUGAGAUUGUUCUGCUCAGGAGUUUUGACUGGAAUGAUGGCCUGUUUGAUGUGACCUGGAGUGAGAAUAAUGAAAAUGUGUUGAUCACUUGUAGUGGAGAUGGAUCUCUGCAAAUCUGGGAUAUGGCUAAAACCAAAGGUCCACUGCAAGUCUAUAAAGAGCACACUCUGGAGGCAUACAGUGUUGACUGGAGCCAAACUCGAGGAGAGCAGCUAGUGGUGUCUGGCUCAUGGGAUCAAACAGCCAAGCUGUGGGAUCCAGCUGUGGGGAAGUCAUUAUGCACUUUUAAAGGCCAUGAAGGGGUCAUCUACAGCACUAUAUGGUCUCCACACAUCCCGGGUUGUUUUGCGUCUGCCUCAGGUGAUCAGACGUUAAGAAUUUGGGAUGUGAAAACCCCAGGAGUCAAACUUGUGAUACCAGCCCACCAGGCUGAGGUCUUGAGCUGUGACUGGUGUAAAUAUGAUGAGAACUUGCUGGUAACCGGUGCAGUUGACUGUAGCUUGAAAGGCUGGGAUUUGAGGAACAUCCGGCAACCAGUGUUCGUCUUGCUUGGUCAUACCUAUGCUAUCAGAAGAGUGAAAUUUUCACCAUUCCAUGCAACCAUAUUGGCCUCUUGCUCCUAUGAUUUUACUGUAAGAUUCUGGGACUUUUCCAAGCCUAGUCCUUUGCUGGAAACAGUUGAGCAUCAUACUGAAUUUACAUGUGGUCUCGAUUUAAGUCUUCACAACCGUGGUCAGGUGGUGGACUGUGCUUGGGAUGAACUAGUCAAGAUCUAUACUCCAUCGUGUCUGGCAGUUCCUGUUUAGAAGAGAAGAUGAUCUGACGUGCCAGGAACCUUUCUCUCUUCCCCCACAACCAGACUUGUGCUAAAGUGUCAACAGUGUCACUAAUCUCAGUGUCUCUUUCUAAGUAAAACUGCUUGAAUGGAGUGUUGUGCACUUGAACAUGUGGAGACUUUAAGGCUUGGUUUACUGUACAGGUAGUACUUGAACUAGCAAAAUGUUCCAAAGCUAUUCAGUGGCUGAAGAGUGGCCAUAGCAGAUAUCAGUGGUGUCUUCAGAGCUGAAUAACCAACAUGAGUUUGUGAUCUUCCUGGCUAAUGAUGAGAGCAGAGGUCUGAAUCUUCUUGUUCCUUAGAGAGAUUAAAAGUAACUGGCAGUGUAUUUCGAGAUGUCACUGUAGAAAGGAAAAGAAAGGAAAGGAUAGGAAAAGAAAAUAAAGGCUUUUUACUGUAAAGUACUGUAAUGUCAACUGAAGUUUGUAUCACCCGUAUGCAUUUAUAUUUUCCUGUGGGUCACGUUGCAUUAUUUUCUUUUGCAAUAUGAUGCAUUUACUCUUGAUUGACAGUAAAUGUCAUAGUUUAUAGCCAGCUGAUUUGUUUGACCUUUUUGAUUGCCGCUUCACAAAGAUGGUAAAGAUUAUUUUAAUGUAUUUUUCCUUUAGAUCUCUUUGGGUAAGACAGUUGAUGAAGUUAUGUAGAAAGAUACUCUGAUAAUAGAGAAAAUGGUUAUAAAAAAAUGAAAUAUAUACUAAACUAAUUGGAUCACAGUUCUCAAGAUUCAGAGAUAGAACAACCAUUUCUUCUAUUAGACUUGACUUCUGUUUUCACUUAGAAAGUUUUUUCCAAUGAACAGAAGAGGAAUGUGGCCAUGUAUCCAGUGUUUCUGGACCUCUGACAGCCUGGCCAAAGUGAGAACUGAUGUCCAGACCAGGUCACCUAUAUACAUGCAGAUUAAUUGCAUGAUGAUUGCUAUGCAAUUAAUAUUGCUAUGCAAUAUUAAUUGCAUAGCAGAUCCAACAUGGCCAAUGUAUUCACUACAAUAUACACAACAUGUUCUAGGUAUGUUGAAUACUUUGCAUUCCCAGUUUGACCCCUCAGCCCACAUGCUGCUACUUCCAUCUAAGUUUUCUGGGACAGGUAGAGAUCUUCAGAUGUUCUGUUUUCUCCAAACACCUCUGAAUAGUGUUUUAGGAUCAAACUGUGAUAGCACUACAGCACUCAUUGGUAUAUGUUAGCCAUCUCUCUUGGUCUUCUGCUAGGCAUUUUUUUACCUUUUUCAAACUGUGUCCUUUCUGCUGUUAGCCCAUCUCAACUACCACUACCAUCAAAAUACUCUUUGCAGGUUGGGUCUUUGCAGAUCUCUGGUCAGGUUUUCAUAGUGUGCUGUUAGUAAAUGCUCUACUCUCCUGGGUUGCAGCACUCACAGAUCAACCAAUAGCAGACACUGCCAGAUCUGCAGGAUGCUUUGAAGUAAUGAAGGAAAGAAUUCAACUGAGCUAAGACCAGCACGCUAGAAGGAAAGAGUGAUUGUUCUAUCUUGGAGAAAGAGCCAGGAAACUAACAGGUAGCCAGAGGGAGACAUGCAUAUGUUGAUGUGGUAUAUAGGACUGGACAGGAAGAAAGUUUCUUUUACAACUUGAUAAUUUGGAUCCCAAUUGGAUCUUGUAUUUUUCUUGGUCAAAUGCAAACUGCCCCCAGACUGACAUAUUUUUGAGGUCAAUUAAUAACAAAAAAUAGAUUUUAUCUUUUUUUUUUUUCAUGACAGUGUGCUGUACCAAAUCCCAAAUGUUUACUGCACUUUAAUUCUGUGUGCUGAGGAAUAAUGCAAAAUAAAGCUGUGCUGCAUGCAGCUUUCAGCAGUACCAUGGGCCAUAAAAUCUAAUUUUAGGCAUUAAAAUUGAUUAUUUCAACUUCAAUAGUUCUUCCACUCUUCUGUUUCAUCUCCCUUUUCUGCUUUGAUUACAAGUUGCUUGUCUGAGUGGAGCAUUUUGGUGGCAGGUGUGUAUUUUAUAUGCAUGUUUCUGGGGGGACAGAGAGAGUGGGUUAUUCCAGAAUGUUGCCAUAACCUAUCAGUUGGAAAAGAAAAUUUAGAAAACCUAGUGCAGGGGGAAAAAUUAGGAAUUCUGAACAUGCACACUCAGCACAUGGAUUAAAUCUUUCCUCAACUGCCUUCUCUCCCCUCACGUCCUGGUUAGCUUCAGUGCUGAGGGUUGCUGUAUCCAUAUUUAAUUCUCUUGAAAGAUGAGCACAUCCAGAAGAUGCACAUAGUAAAUAAAAACUGUGGCCUUUAAUCUUCCUGUGUGAUCUUUGAAUGGUGAGAAUGUGCUAUAACAUUUCUGCACUGUAACUGAAAUAACAAUUUGGCAAUAGUUGUUGCUGAUUCUUAAUUCUCAGGGAAUAUUUGCUGUAAUUGUUUUGAAGAAAUACUUCUUAUUUUAUGACCAAAAUAUUAGCUUCCAAUAUUUUUUUUUCGUUUACUGAAACAACUAAUAACAAUCUGAAAGAUGUAAUGUGUUCUACUUUCAAACUUGCUCCUGUCAAAGAUUUUGUUUUAUUUAAGUCUGGGUUUCUCUUUGGGUCAAGAAACAUAUUGAUUAAUCAAGUUCUAAAGUGUGGAUUUGUUGUUCUAUAAUGCUAUUAAAAUAAUUGCAGACAGUA